AGUUCAUAAUUACGAGCCGAAUACCGAAGCUUCGCAGAGAAAAUUCCGAAGAGUUUCGUUUUGGCGCAAGUUCUUCCUUCUUCGCAUCAAUUAUCCUAGUCUACUUAACAUUUUUUUCUUCUUAAUCUAUUUGUUUUUCAUCGAUUGUUGCUCUCCGUAGCAAUGAAUUCAGUUCCGCAUCAGUUUACACCUCAACGUCCGUGGUUCCCGGUGCCGCCACCGAAUCCGCCGCUGUCUUCUUCUUCUUCGUCUUUCUGGGACAACCUCAAUGUGCGUGAUCGUUUAAGGGAUUUGCAAGAAACUCUCGAUCUCGCCAAGUCAAUGCAGAAAGAGCUGGAAAUGUUGAUGUUAAUUAAAGAAGGCAAAUUAUCCGAGCAGAGUGCUGAUAGUCUGCCUAAUGGUUCUUCUAUUGGUGAAUUUUGUGAUUACUUGAAAGAUAGAAGGAUUAGUUUGGAGUUGCAAGAAUCGCGUUCGGUUGAAGCUGCAGCUGGUUUGAUGGAAAAGUUGAGAGCUCAGCUUCAACCAUUUAGGCUUGAUACUGAUGAAUCGAGUCUCUGGGAAGCAGUUAGGUUAUCUGGUAAAUUAUCGAAGGCCAAGAGAAAUAAGCAAUGGAGAAAGAGAAAGAGGAAGCGCAUUGCUGAAUCACUUGCAAAGGAACGUGAAAGUUUUGAUCAAGUUGAUAUGGAGGCUGAUGAAUGGAGGGCCAGGGAGAUCGCCAAGGAUAUUGCAAAACGCAAGGUGGAGAAGAUGAAAGAAAUUGCAAGAAUUAAAGCUAAAGAGGAGAAAAAGAAGCUAGAUUCUGAGCUUGAACUGGCACUAAUAGUGGAAAAGUUGCAAGAAUUACGCUCCAUCAGGAUCCAAAAAUUGAAGAAACAAGGUCAUUUUCUACCUGAGGAGGAUGAUAAGUUUCUAGAGAAGGUUCGAGCUGCAGUUGAGGAAGAGGAACGUCAAGCCCUUGCUGCAGCUGAUACGGAUGCUGCCAAGGAUGCCAUUGCUACUGCAGAGGUCUCUAGGAAGACUGUUCCUACUUACCCUGAAUCAAGGGAUCCAGAUAGUGCUACAGAUAGGUCUGAAGAAAGAAUUGAUCAAAGAUCUGCGGGUGCAGAUGAUAAGGUCUCCAACACCAGCACUAAUAAAGAGCCUGGGAAACAGUUUGGAGAAGUACAAGGUUAUGGAAGAAUGUAUGAUUAUGCAGCCAACUUACCGAUGGAAUUCUAUCAUUAUUAUUAUGGGAGUAACACCGAUAUGGGCACGUUAAUUGAGGUAAGACGAUCAUGGGAUGCAUUUAUAAGACCUGGAGGAAGCCGAAUACCAGGACAUUGGGUUGAACCACCGCCACCCGCAGAUGAAAUAUGGGCAGCAUAUUUGGUUCCACAAAAAUAAAACCAUCUAACCAUAUGAUCACAAAUGGUUUUCCAAAAGUUGUUGCUGCUAAAAGAUGAUUAUGGUUGAUUAUGGUUGUCCCAUAUGGAAAAAUUAUUCGAAGAGGCCGUCUUAAUGUGGUUAACAGUUUCGAAUGAUAAUCGGAUGUACAAGUGAGAAACUCCCGAGGAUAAAUAGUUGCUAUAGGCAUGUAGAUACUUUAGUUUACAUACUGAGGCUAUACGACACGUAAAAUGUUUUUUUUUCUUUUUUGAAUAUAUGUGAACAUGAAGUUAUGUAAAUAGAAAUUUUGGAUCGAACAUAGAAUUUUAAAGAAGCCCCAAUCAAUUACGUUUGAAAUUGUUAAAAGUAGUUGGGUGCAUAUAGUUA